CUAUAAGGUGGGACUUAAAAAUAUCACUUUUUGGAGGAUUCGGAUUCCUCUCAAAUCCAAAUUCUAGCUACCAAAUGCCCAAAAAACAGAAAAUCCUUCUGAUUCCACCCUACCAGAGAAGCCCCGGAACAGGGAUUUUUGGUUGGAUGGCGAAGUCCAUCGUAUCAACGGUUUCGACUUUGAAACUACGAACUACGGGCAUAUAACUACCCAUACCUAGCAGCAACCAAGUUUCUUCAAGGAAACUUCUAUCCUCUUUCUCCUCCCAUUCACACCUCUAUAUAAGCUCAUGCACUAAGAAACAUAAACAUAGAGAAGAAGUGUGUCUAAAGCCAUGAAUAAAGGAAAGGAAGCUUAUAGAGCACAUGUUCUACUUCUUCCAUACCCAAGUCAAGGCCACAUAAACCCCAUGUUGCAAUUUGCUAAGCGCUUAGUCUCCAAAGGCAUCAAGGCCACUCUAGCCACCACCCUCUUCAUCUCCAGCUCGGCCCAAUUCGACACCAGCUCGGUCAGUGUGGAGUCCAUCUCCGAUGGGUACGACCAAGGUGGCUCCACUGAAGCGGGUUCCCUUGAGGCCUACCUGGAGGGCUUGGAAACUGCUGGCUCCCGAACUUUAGCCGAGCUCAUUGAAAGAUUAGACCGUUUGGGCCACACCAUUGCCUGUCUUGUUUACGACACUUCCCUUCCUUGGGCGCUGGACGUCGCUAAGCAGUUUGGCAUAUAUGGGGCCGCGUUCUUCACUCAAUCGUGCACAGUCGAUGCUAUCUACUAUCAUGUGUACCUUGGGAAGCUGACCGCCCCGUUGGAAGUUACUACGGUUGCAUUGCCCGGACUGCCUCCGCUGGAAAUUCCCGACAUGCCGACUUUUUUCUCGGCAUCGGGAUUUCAUCCGUCCCACUUGCCACUUGUUUUGAACCCAUUCACAAAUGUGGAUAAGGCAGAUUGGGUCCUCUUGAACACAUUUGAUUCGCUGGAAUCUGAGGUGGUGAAGUGGAUUGCAAAGAUGUGGCCCACAAAGACGAUUGGCCCAACAGUGCCAUCCAUGUUCCUAGACAAGCGGGUGCGAGAUGACAAAGAUUACAGUAUCAAUCUUGUGAAACCAGACUCCAGCACAUGCAUGAAGUGGCUAGAUGAAAGGGCAACCAAUUCGGUCGUCUACAUUUCAUUCGGCAGUGUCGCCAAGCUAGGAGUGGACCACAUGGAGGAACUUGCAUGGGGACUUGGGGGAAGUAAAAAGCAUUUCUUAUGGGUGGUGAGGGGCACAGAGAAGGACAAGCUCCCACCCAAUUUGGCAGAAUCAACCGCCAAGAUGGGGCUGAUGGUGACAUGGUGUCCACAACUGGAGGUGUUAGCCCACCAGGCUGUUGGGUGCUUUGUGACACAUUGUGGGUGGAAUUCCACAUUGGAGGCCCUGAGCUUGGGCGUGCCAAUGGUGUGUGUCCCGCAAAAGACAGACCAACCAACGAAUGCCAAGUGUGUGGAAGAUGUAUGGGGCGUGGGAUUGAGGGCUAGGAUUGAUGAGAAGGGAAUUGUGAGAAGGGAAGAGAUGGAGUUUUGUAUAAGGGAAGUGAUGGAAGGAGAGAGAAGUGAAAAGUUCAAGAGAAAUGCUAGCAAAUGGAGGGAGUUAGCUAAGGAAGCAGUUGAUGAAGGUGGGAGCUCAGAUAAGAACACUGAUGAAUUCGUGAGCAGUCUUGUUUUAAAAAAACACAAGAUUUCCAAUUAAGCACCCAGACCAUUGAUUUGAUGUGCCCCAUAUUGGAAUAGAUGAUCCAGCCAUCCAUCUUCAA